UUCGAUGGUCUUUAAAAAUGAGGCGGGUGCACUAGCUGAGCUGAGGGAACCCUGUUCUCUUCUCUUCUCUUCUCUUCUCUCUUUAUCGCUGUUCGAGAAUGGAGUUGGACCCCGACGACAUCUUCAAAGACGAAGAGGACGAUUCCGAUUCUGAGUUCUAUCAGGAAAGAGAAUCCUCCAAAGAAUUUGUCGUCUACCUCGUCGAUGCUUCUCCCAAAAUGUUUAACACCACUUGCCCCGGUGAAGAUCAAAAGAAUGAAACUCAUUUCCACAUUGCUGUCAGUUGUAUUGCACAAUCUCUGAAGACUCAAAUCAUUAAUAGAUCAUCUGAUGAAGUUGCAAUCUGCUUCUUCAACACUAGGGAAAAGAGGAACUUGCAGGACCUAAAUGGUGUUUUUGUAUACAAUGUUGCUGAAAGAGAGUAUCUAGACAGGCCAACUGCAAGGCUUAUAAAAGAUUUUGAUUGCAUAGAGGAAUCGUUCAUGAAAGACAUUGGCAGUCAGUGUGGCAUUGUGUCUGGGUCUCGGGAGAAUUCCCUUUACAAUGCGCUUUGGGCGGCACAAGCACUUUUGCGUAAAGGAUCCUCAAGAACUGCUGAUAAAAGGAUACUUUUGUUCACAAAUGAAGAUGACCCUUUUGGAAGUAUGAAGGGUGCAGCAAAAGCAGAUAUGAAAAAAACCACACUCCAGCGAGCUAAAGAUGCACAAGAUCUUGGCAUUUCAAUUGAACUUCUCCCCCUAAGCCAGCUUGAUGAGGGGUUCAACGUUUCACUUUUCUAUGCUGAAUUGAUGGGAUUAGAAGAUGAUGAUGUUGCUCAGUUUAUGCCCUCUUCAGGACAAAAAUUGGAAGAUAUGAAAGAUCAAUUGAGAAAAAAGAUUUUCGCAAAGCGCAUAGUAAAAAGAAUCACAUUGUUCAUUGCAAAUGGCUUGUCUAUUGAAUUGAAUACAUAUGCAUUGAUGCGUCCAACUACACCCGGGGCAAUUAUGUGGCUUGAUUCUGUUACCAAUCGUCCUUUAAAGACGGAGCGAUCUUUCAUUUGCGCUGAUACAGGUGCAUUGAUGCAUGAACCAACAAAGCUUUUUCAGUCUUAUAAAAAUGAGAAUAUUAUGUUCUCUAUGGAGGAAUUAUCAGAGGUAAAAAGAGUUCCAAUUGGACAUCUCCGUCUUCUUGGAUUCAAGCCAUUAAGUUGCUUGAAAGAUUAUCACAACCUGAGGCCUUCAACAUUUGUUUUUCCUAGUGACAAGGAAGUGGUUGGUAGCACUUGCAUUUUCAUUGCUUUACAUAGAUCCAUGUUGCGGCUUCAGCGUUUUGCUGUUGCGUUUUGUGGCACCUCCUCUCAUCCUCGAUUGGUUGCCCUUAUUGCACAAGAUGAGAUUGUCAGUGCUGGUGGUCAGGUUGAGCCACCAGGAAUGCACAUGAUAUAUCUUCCGUAUAGUGAUGAUGUCAGACAUAUUGAAGAGUUUCAUUCAGAGUCAAAUGUGAGUGUACCUCGUGCAACUGAUGGUCAAAUUAAAAAGGCUGCUGAUUUGAUCAAUCGUAUUGACUUGAAAGAUUUUUCAGUAUGCCAAUUUGCUAACCCUGCUCUGCAGAGACACUAUGCAACUUUGCAGGCGCUAGCUCUAGAAGAAGAUGAGAUCCCAGACUGCAAAGAUGAAACACUUCCCGAUGAGGAGGGCAUGGCCAGGCCACGAGUUGUUAAGGCAAUAGAAGAGUUCAAGCUUUCUGUUUAUGGUGACAAGUAUGAUGAGGAAAGCAGCUCUAUGGGCAAUGGAAAAGCAAAUGAGGCCUCUAGAAAAAGGAAAGCAGCUGCUGAAAAUGCUGCCAAUGAGUCUGCAAAUUAUGACUGGGCUGACCUUGCUGACAAUGGACAGUUAAAGGACUUGACAGUGCCGGAGUUGAAGCUCUACUUGACGGCGAACAACCUUCCGGUUUCUGGGAAAAAGGAAGCACUAGUCAGCAGAAUAUUAACUCAUAUGGGGAAAUGAGCAAGAUCAGGCUAAGACUGACUCUUCAGUUUGUGAUAACAGUGGGGCAUCACAUGAUAAGGUUUGAGAUUCUUCUCUGCAACAUGAUGCAAAUGUGCAAUGGGAUUUUAUGUUCUAGGAGCAUCUAUUCACUACUGUGUUCUGAAAGUUCCCAGAAAGUUUCUUGUUACACUGAUAGGUCAUAUAGGUGCUAAAAUAUGUGUUAUUUUGUAACUAAAAACUGAGAAAUUGUUUCAUAAUUAUAUUUGAAAGUUGGAAACUUCUUUUGAAA